CUAUCGUGGAGGGCAUCUCGGGUUUUCCAUUUUUCGUCUCCCAAAUAAAACAGAUUGCCCAGCCCGAAAAGAAGUGAAAAGUGGCACGAAAACGGUGUCCCGGAUCCCGGAAUUGUACGCGACCGUGAACGACCCGUGUGCUCGGGUGUACUAUUGUUCCGUUCUUAGCAGCUCUACGAUAUUUGCUUUUUUGUAAUAAUCCCACAAAAUCAGUUGGAUAAGAUGAAUUGCUGUGUCUAGUGAGCGAAAAGUGGAAACAGCAUCGGAGUCGAUUUGUUUCAGCAGCAGCAAGCCGUGCUCGGUUGAACAGCAAAAUGAUGAUCGACAACUAUGAGUGUGCUGGAUACACGUUCUAUUCGAAGUUCGAUUCGGGAAAUCUUGGAAAAGUUGAGCUGGUCCGGUGCGCCGAAGGACUCGGCAUCGUUGGCAACACGGUAUCGAGUGUUCCGAUUGGUCUAGGCACGAUAGCAGGAAGUGGAUCAUCGAACGUCGUCGCGUCCAUCAGCGGUGUUCCCAUUAUCGGUUCCGGUGUUGGCGGUGGCAGCGGUGGCGUGGUGAGCAACAGCACUAUCACCGCUACCAGUACGAGUGCUUCGGCAAUCGUAGCAGCAACGCUCGGCGUUGGCCUGCAUCAGCAGCAUGGAGUUACCGGUAACAGUGGGAGCACCACUGGGUUCGGCCUUCCGAUACCUUCACCGACACCGCACGCAACCGAAAAUCCCCUGGUGGAGAUCGAGUUCAAUCUGUGGACACGGCCCGAUUGUGCGGGCACACCUUACGAGAAUCAGAACCGUACCUGGUUCCACUUUGCGGUGACGGGCGGUCGACCGAACCAGAUCGUCAAGUUUAACGUGAUGAAUCUGAACAAACAGGCGAAACUGUUCAGCCAGGGCAUGCACCCGGUCACGAAAGUGGGUCCAAAUGGGCGGUGGGAAAGGAUCAAAGAUAAGCCAUCCUACUCGAUCACCAACGAUGUGUUCUACAUUUCGUUUCUGCACAAAGCACCGGAGGUUGGUUCGGAGCAGACGAGGAUCUACUACGCGUUCACGUUCCCCUUCACUUACACGGAGCUGCUCGAUCAGCUGGCUACCUUCGAUCGCAAGUUUGGUCGCCAUCCGUUCGAGCUGAACAAGAUGGCUUACGAUGUAUCGCAAAAGUAUGACACGUGCAGUGUCGCUGGCGCAACGGCUAGCACAACGCCAACCCCCGGUGAAGGUACGAAACAGUCGAGCAGUAGAAGGAAGGGAAAGUUGGCAAAAAUGGAACGAAUCGAUCGUACCAGUCCCGAGUCGUUUGACGAGACGGCUCGCGAUGGUACGGCAAUCGGAACUCCGAAACCAUCUACUGACGCAUCGGAGUCGACACCGGCGCCCGACUCGACCGGUGCCACGCUGCAAAAGACGACGAAACGCGAACCAUCGGGUAUGGUGAUCGAUGAGAAUACAUCCGAGUCGAUGCAGCAGAUCACAAAUCUUGUAAAUAAGGUGAAGAUCGAGUUACCACAGGGAGGGGGACCAGUGGCGUCGUCGUCCACAUCCUCCAGUAGCAAACUGAAGUUACCAUCGUUCCACCAGCAGCUAAGCAGUACCAGCACCAGCAACGCGAAUGUCGUUGCACCAAUGAAUACAGCGGCGACUACCACAGAUGAUGACUCGAAAGGUGUUGAUCAGCGCGAUGAAAUCUAUUACUGUCGCGAGCUGCUCACCCACUCGGUCGAACAUCGACGAAUAGAGCUGCUAACGAUCAGCUCUUUCCACGGCAUCCAGACGGCCCGGGAGCCACGUUUGCGCAAUCUCUUUCCGGAUGAGCAGGCCCAACGGUGCCACACGUUUCGCGACAAGAAGAUUGUGUUCAUCUCGUCGCGCGUACAUCCGGGCGAAACGCCGGCCAGCUUUGUACUGAAUGGCUUCUUGAGUAUGCUGCUCGACCGGAAGAGUAUCGUUUCGCAGACGCUUCGGCGCAUGUACGUGUUCAAGGUGAUCCCGUUCCUAAAUCCAGACGGUGUUUACAAUGGACUGUACCGUUCGGAUACCCGGGGUCAAAAUUUGAACCGGGUGUACCUUGGUCCGUGUCACGAAACGCAGCCAGCGAUCUACGCAGCACGUAAACUCAUUAGAUACUAUCAUCUGGGAACGGACGAAGUGGAACCAUACGAGCUGGAGCAGGAAAAGAAAAGUUCAUCGCCCGAAUCGAUACAUCCGGCGGCUGUAGGAGGUCCUCCGAACAUCGUCAGCCAAGGUGAACCAAACACAGCAGAUGGUACCGAAGGAUCGACGAGCACGGUUGCAUCAUCAGCACCAGCAACGAGUGUUGGUACAACGACAGUGAUCGCUGUGAAAAAAGGUAGACAAAUCUCGUCGAUUAUUGCCGGACGUGUUCCACCCCCUGCCAGUAUCGCGGCCAUCAUGGGGCCGCCGAUCAAUAGCACUACUACCACUAACUCCAGCCAGAAUCGAAGUACUACUACUAAUACUUCUACUACUACUACUAAUACACACAAUCACAAAGCUAAACUCCCCUCAUUGAUCGUGCCCUGUGCCGGUGCAGGCAACACUAUCACUCCGAUCGCUCCAAUUGCCGUCGCUGCAAAACGACUGGCUCCCUCGUCCUCCACCUCAGCUGCAGUACUGUCGAUAGAGGGAACCCGGAAGCGACGAACCAUUGAGCUGCAGCAACAGCAGCAGCAGCAACGUUCGGUGAUAGCAUUUACAACACCCACUGCCAAUGCAUCCCCCGUAACACAGCAACAAAAACAACGACCUAGCGCUGCAGGGACAUCGUCGUGGUCGGAUAAGUUGUUUGGCAAAAUACUGCGUCGCCGUCGCUCGAAAUCAUCGGGUUUGGGCAAGGAUGGCAAGCUGUCACCGAUUGCACAGGCUUUACCGCGACCGACCAUAGCGCUGCCCCCGGUUGUCGAAGAGUGUCCCAAUGAAACGAAACAAGCUAACACUACACCACAACAGCCCUUCUCACCAUUGCCAAUGGCAUCACCACCACUACCGACACCUUCCGAUGACGUUGCAACGGAUCUGACGAAUGUGUCGCCACUAACUGAUGAAUCUGAUUCUAUCGAGCAGGAUACACCACCGGCGUCCGAUUCUGGUUUUAGUGAAGCGAGCACCUCAUCGAAAGUCAUCACCAUGUCCAGUAUUUCAUCUGCCGGCAGUCCGGUGGGCGAACCGGAAGAAGGGCCACAGCAGCAGGAACAAACAGCAACUACCGCCAGCGUUACCACAACUGAUGCAUCACUAAGCACCGUCAAUACCACCACCACCACAGCGGUAGCUAAUUCAACGUUAGCUCCGACCAAAGCGUUCACCGAAAAGCUUAUACCGGAGCUGAACCCGAUCGUUAGUGAAGCUCCACCGGUGGCGUCCGUGCGACCAGCGAUCGCUGGUCGCAGUAGUUCCAGCCUCAGUAUCGUGAGCACUGGUAGCAAGAAAUCGGUUCAAGCGAAGGUUGAUUCCGGUAAAGGAGGCAAAGGGACCUUCCACAAGCAGCACCAUUCGCUCAACAAACCCCAGUUUAUCGGUGUAACGCCGACUGGUGGUGGCACGUUAAAGCUGAAAGACUGUAUCAUCCAUCACCAUCACCAUCAUCAUCACCAUCAUCAUGGCCUUCACCACCAUCAUCAUCACACGGGUGCGAGUGCAGCAGCCGCCAUCGGUUCGGUUGGCGGCGGUGGUACUGCUGGGCCAAAGCUCGCCUUGGGAACGUUUAAAAAGGGUGCCUCCAGUAAACAGCAGGCAUCGGGCCAAUCGAUUGCAAGCUCGUCCUGUUGCUCAUCCGUCAUCGGUACUGGUGCUGGAGGUGCUGCUGUGGCCCGUACUGCCAUCCUUGGCGAGACAAUGGGAGGAAAGUCACGGCCGCAAACGCCACAAACACAACCAUUGGCAACGGUGUCAUCGGCGACGUCCUCGCUACUGUACGGUGGCAGUGGAAGCCAUUAUCGAUCGCACCGCAACGAGUACCUCAAUCCGGGCGGUGGACCCCAACGUCAGCUGAACAUAAGUCUCGAUUUUCUGACGCAGCAACUGGAUGAACGUAACGAGCGGAUGGUGAUCGAGGAUCGGAGCAAUCUGUUCAUGUACCUCGACCUGCAUGGACAUGCCUCGAAGAAGGGAGUUUUUAUGUACGGCAACCAUCUGCCUAGCACCGCCGAGGCGGUGGAGUGUAUGCUCCUGCCACGUCUCAUGAGUCUAAACUCGCUGCACUUCAACUUUGAUGCAUGCAACUUUAGCGAACGCAACAUGUACUACAAGGGUAAGCGCGAUGGACUGUCGAAAGAAGGUUCCGGUCGCGUGGCGGUGUACAAGUGUACCGGACUGAUCAAGAGCUACACACUGGAAUGUAACUACAACACGGGCAAGUGUGUCAACAUCUUGCCUGCUCGGGGCAAAGAGAUUGUCGCCAAAGCAACACAUACGCUCGUCCCACCGAAGUACACGCCCGGUGUUUUUGAGGAGGUCGGAAGAGCACUCGGUCCCUCGAUACUUGAUCUCACCAACUCGAACCCACUGUCCCGGUUGCCGAAUUGCGAGUUUCGUACGCUGCAGGGGCUCCGCAAUGCGCUGCGUAUUGAAAUCGAGCGCGGAUCAUCGAAGGCGCGCGUCACCAAUAAGGGUCCGAAGGGGGCACAUGCGAAACGGCUUGCUAACCAGCUGUCCAAUUCGAUCGAGAUCUCGAAGGAAAACGCCAUACAGUGGGCAAACGCUAGCAACGCGCUGGUGGUCGGUGGUGUGCCCGGUGCUGCCACCUGUAUCGCUGCUAUCGGCAGUCAAGGGAUAGUUCCGGGCAAUGCUACUGCUUGCGGUGCGCCAGGCGCUGCAGUGACCGCAACGAACGUUGUCAAAGUGAUCGGUGAUGAGCUGCAAUCCGCUAGCGGACCUUCGCUAGUCGGUGCCGCUGCUGUGACCACCGGUUCAACCGGAGUCGGCCGUAACACGUUUCUGAAGGCUGGCUCGACAGUUUCGCACGGCAAGGCGGGAAAAAUAUCGCGCAAAGGAGGUGCCGGAGUUUUUGGGAAAAAGAAACAAAAAGUACUCUGCGAUGUGAGUGGCAGUGUUACGGGAACCGGAGCUGCUGUUGUAACGGUCCCGGGUAAUGGUAAGAAGCUACAGGAGCUCGUGCUGCGUACCGCCAAGGACCAGCAACAACAGCAAACGCAGCAACAACAGCACCAGGUGCCUCGCAAGAAGAUCAAAGUGUCAGGCGUUGGUAGUGGCAGCGUUGGAACGACCGGUGGACCUAUCGCAAGUGGUUUAGAGCUGUGCUUCAAAGGAACCUUUGGCAAUGUGGUCGGUUCGAGCUCGUUGCCCAACUUUCUCACUGCGGUUCCUGGUGCGGCAGUAGUUGCUCCAAGCGUGAUCACCGCGAAGAAGGUCAAAUCGGAAUCGAAGCUUCUGGAUGUGGACGAUAUGCAGUGUGAUGAUAGCUUCGAUGCUACACCGUGCUGCUCAUACGGAGCCGGUUCCGCUGGUACUGGUACCACCGGCGGUACCGUGACCGACGCAGAUCUACUGAUGGUUGCCGGUGGCUCACCUUCGCUCCUUGACGUCACAUCGGUUACUACCGCUAGCAGUGAUAGCAGUAACGGUGGUGCUGCUGGAAAAUGUCGCAAAUCCAACACGAUCGGAACGAUGACGAGCAGCACGACGGUGGGCACGGCCAAAGCCAAGAAGCAACCGAAGCUGGCGAAAUCGACCAAAUCAACGGGAGGCGAUGCGAGCAAGAAACUGCUGAAGAAGAAACGAUCGCUCAAAUCGGACAGCACAGGACUGAAGCGCAAGAAGACACGCAUCAAGCCAGCUUUGACUUGAACGAAGAUGACGAUCAUGCUGAUGGCUAUCAUCGCCUGCUACGAUUACUGCGAAGGAACGAGUAAAUGGAAACUCAUUAUUUUAGGACGAUAUGACCGAGGUCUUCCCCAAGUGCGCCGAUUGUAUGGAUUUGUUUGUUCUGUUUCCUUUAUUUAAUAUCUAUAAUACGUGCUUUAUUCGGCUUGUUUGAAAUUAAGAUUGAAUUGAAUGACUAACAGUGCUUUUCGUCAUCGCGCGUACGCAACUGAGGUUAUCGAGAAACCGCUUUCCCCGCCGACCGCCGGACUGGUCUGUGGCGGGGAAACGGUGUGAUAUUUAAUUUGUAUUAUCCAGCUUUUAGUCGUAUAGUUUACUAUCUCGAUUGUUUUUGUUACAGAAGUAACAGAUAACUAAAUGAGAAGCAAACAAAAUUGAUUUCACGCUUAUUUUGUUGUUAACACUAGUUCAGUUGGAAACAUAAGGUGCGGAGAGUAAAGAUGCGCCACAAACGUGCAAAUGCUGCUGUCGCUACAA